AUGUAUUCUCUAUUAUUCAUUUUCGUACUCUUUUCUUGCUAUUAUUGUGCUGAUGAUUAUUAUUCCAAGGAAAGCACUAAGGAGUAUUGGCGACCUACAACCCCGUCUUACUGGGAGAAGAUCAAACCGACAACGUCCAAGGAUGAUAAGCAUCUCUUAAUACAGACGACAUAUGCUAAGCCAUACUACGUCACUGGAUUAUAUACGAUUCCGUAUUAUGUGUUUGGCGAAUUUGCAAAUGUCUACCAACGACCGCCAUUUGGAUAUCCCGACGUGAAUUAUUUUAAUUAUAACAUCAAGAAGCAGAAUAAAGAUAAACAAUAUGUACCAUCUUAUAAGGCGUAA